AUGGGCUGGGGCUCCCAGAUAGCCUGGGGGCCUCCGCCGCUGCCGCUGCUGCUGCUGCUGCUGCUGCUGCUCCCGAAGCCAGGGCCCGGCACCUGGGUGCCCCGAGGAGGCGACCCUGGAGAGCCAGUCACCCCCCGCUGGGUCCUGGAUGGCAGGCCCUGGCGCGUGGUCACCCAGGAACUGGUCAGUCCCUCCCUGCCAUGCAGGGCCCCUGAUGCAGGUCUCCUGACUUUGGAGGCUGAUGGCCAGGAGCUCCUGAUUGAGCUGCACAGGAACCGCAGGCUGCUGGCCCCGGGGUACACGGAGACCCACUACAGCCCAGAUGGACAGCUGGUGGUGCAGGCCCGCAGCCACACGGAUCACUGCCACUACCACGGACGCGUGAGGGGCUUCCCGGACUCCUGGGUGGCCCUCAGCACUUGCUCUGGGCUGAGUGGCCUCAUCGUGCUCAACUGCAACACCACCUAUUACCUGCGGCCCAGGGCGCCUGGGGACCCCAAGGAGGCUUCAACCCACACAGUCUUCAGAAUCCAGCAACUGCUCACCUGGGAAGGGGCCUGUGGUCACAGGGACCCCAGGGAGAAGGCGGGCAUGACCAGCCGCCCGACUGUGAGCCAGAACAGGAACAGGCGCGGGGUUGGCAGGAGCACCAAGUACCUGGAGCUGUACCUAGUGGCUGACCAUUCCCUGUUCUUGAUCCGGCACAGGAAUGUGAAUCGCACCAAAGAGCGGCUCUUGGAGGUGGCCAGCUACGUGGAUCAGAUCCUCAGGACCUUGGACAUCCGGGUCGUGCUGAGCGGCCUGGAAGUGUGGAACCAGCAGGACCAGAGCCAGGUCACGCCAGACGCCAAUGCCACGCUAUGGGCCUUUCUGCGGUGGCGCCGGGGGCUGUGGGCACGGCGGCCACACGACUCGGCGCAGCUGCUUACGGGCCGCCCCUUCCGCGGCGCCACCGUGGGUCUGGCGCCCAUCGAGGGCAUGUGCGGCGCAGAGAGCUCUGGGGGCGUAAGCACGGACCACUCCGAGCUCCCCCUGGGCGCCGCGGCCACCAUGGCGCACGAGAUCGGCCACAGCCUUGGCCUCAGUCACGAUGCCGACGGCUGCUGCGAGGAUGCCGCGCGCGACCCGGGCGGCUGCGUCAUGGCGGCGGCCACGGGGCAUCCGUUUCCGCGCGUAUUCAGCGCCUGCAGCCGCCGUCAGCUGCGCGCCUUUUUCCGCAAGGGAGGCGGCGCGUGCCUCGCCGAUAUUCCGGACCCGGAGCGCCUGGUGCGCCCGGCGCGCUGCGGCAACGGCUUCGUGGAGGCGGGCGAGGAGUGUGACUGCGGCUCUGGCCAGGAGUGCCCGGAACUCUGCUGCUUCGCCCAUAAUUGCUCGCUGCGUGCCGGGGCCGAGUGCGCCCAAGGAGCCUGCUGCGCGCGCUGCCUGUGGAGGCCGGCGGGCACGCCGUGCCGCGCGGCUGUGGGCGAUUGUGACCUCCCGGAGUUCUGCACGGGCUCCUCCCCGCACUGUCCCCCGGACGUUUACCUCUUGGACGGCUCGCCCUGCGCCGGAGGGCACGGCUACUGCCGCGACGGCGCAUGUCCCACGCUGGAGCAGCAGUGUCAGCAACUCUGGGGGCCUGGCUCGCGCGCUGCCCCCGAGGCCUGCUUCCAGGUGGUGAACUCGGCGGGGGACGCCCACGGGAACUGCGACCAGGAUGCUGAGGCCGGCUUCGUGCCUCAAGCUAAGAGGGAUGCUUGGUGCGGGAGGCUGCAGUGCCAGGGCGGGGACCCUGGGCGACUGCCACCGCACACAGCGCCCGUGGACUCCACCGUUCAUCUGGAGGGCGGCGAGGUGACUUGUCGGGGAGUCUUCCCGCCCCCUGAUGCCCAACCGCACCAGCUGGACUUGGGCUUGGUGGAGGCGGGCACUCAGUGUGGCCCUGGAAUGGUGUGCCAGGACAGGCGCUGCCAGAACGUUAGCUUCCCGGAGCUGCAGCGCUGCGAGGCUGUCUGCCACCACCGCGGGGUUUGCAACAGCAACGGGAACUGCCACUGCCCUCCGGGCUGGGCUCCGCCCUUCUGCGACAAGCCAGGCUUGGGUGGCAGUGUGGACAGCGGCCCCGCGCAGGCUGACAACCCCGGCGAUGCCUUCCUACUGGGCACCAUCUUAAGCUUCCUGCUUCCACUGCUGCCUGGGGCUGGCCUGGCCUGGUGCCGCUACCGGCUGCUGGCAUCCAGUCACCAGAGAUGCCCCUGGGGCUGCUGCAGGAAGGACCCCUCGCACAGUGGGCCCAAAAACAGUGCAGGGCAGGAGCACCCCCUGGGCAGCAUUCACACGGAGUUGGACCCCACAGCCUUAGGAGAGCCCCGGCCACAUGCUUGCUACACCCUUCUCUGA